AUGCCACCUGCCAGUGCUCUCAACCCACUGUCCGCCGCGGCGGUCCACCCGAAGCAAGAUGCAGUGUUCGGCAUGUUCCCUAGCAGGCGGAGUGUGGUCCACAGUACAGGCGGUAUGGUGUCCUGUACACAGCCACUGGCAUCGGAAGCUGGUCAGAGAAUACUGAAGCAGGGAGGCAAUGCUGCUGACGCCGCUGUUGCUGUAGCCGCCGCCCUGAAUGUUACAGAGCCAGCAAUGACAGGCAUCGGAGGUGACUGCUUCUGUCUGUUCUUCGACGCAAAGACCAAAGAAAUCCAUGCACUCAAUGGCUCUGGUCGCGCACCCAAAAACACGACCGUUCAGCAGGUUCGCAAGGAACUAGGUUUAGCUGAUGGCAAAAACGGCAAGAUCCCGCAGUACAGUCAACUGUCGGUCACGGUGCCCGGAGCAGCAGCUGGAUGGGUCGAUACGGUGGAACGAUUUGGGAGUGGGAAGCUGACGAUGGAGCAAAUUCUGACGCCAGCGAUUGAGCUUGCUGAGAAUGGGUUUCCUGUGAGCGAGUUUAGUGCUGCCUUUUGGAAGAACAGCGAGCCAUACAUUCGAGACGCGUCGCCGAAUUUCAGGGAGAUCCUGAAGCGGGACAGGUCUUCAGAAAACUUUGUACGUGCACCGCGGUCAGGAGAGAUCAUGAAGACGCCGACCUUAGCAGCGACUUUCCGCACGUUGGCAGCAGAAGGCAAGAAGGGGUUCUACGACGGUCGAAUAGCAAAAGCCAUCGUCGAUGUCCUGAAGCAACGCGGCGCCCACAUGGAACUGGAAGACCUGCAGCACCACCUCGAGAAAGGCUCCGAAGCCCCCAAGCCGAUCUCCUUCCGCUUCACAGGCCAGAACACUGCCAAUCCGGGCCACCCAGCGUCAUCCGACAUGGAAGACCGCUACAUCGAGCUCUGGGAACACCCGCCCAACGGCCAAGGCAUCGUCGCCCUCAUGGCACUCGGCAUCUUCCAAGAACUCGAAAAGACCCAACAGAUCCUCCCCUUCGCCCAAGAAGACCACAACAGCAUCUCCUAUCUCCACGCCCUUAUUGAAUCUCUGCGGAUUGCCUUCGCCGACGCCUCCUGGUGGGUCACUGAUCCCGACCAUUCUCCGAUCAAACCUGCCCAACUCACCGACCCAGCCUACCUCGCCGAGCGCGCCAAACUCUUCAACAAAGAUAAAGCCGGCCGACACUCCUACGGCAAGCCCGGCAAGUCACCAGCCCACAACCACAGCGACACCGUCUACUUCGCCGUGACCGACAAAGACGGCAACGGCAUGUCCUUCAUCAACAGCGUCUAUUCGCAAUUCGGCUCGUGCAUCGUCCCCGAAGGCUGCGGGUUUGCCCUCCAAAACCGCGGCUCGACAUUCGACUUGGGGCCCGAAGACCACCCGAAUAUCUACGCCGGCGGGAAACGGCCCUACCAUACCAUCAUCCCGGGCAUGGUGACCCACGGCCGCACCUCGGUGCCAGACGAUCGGCAUCUGCACUCUGUGUUUGGCGCGCUGGACGCGCCGAGGGUGUGUAUUGGGGCGGGCAUGCCGGAUCAGGGUGAAACAGGGGGUGCGACGGUGUAUAUUGAGGAAGGUGUGCCGGAGGAGGUGGUUGCGGGGUUGAAGGGGAUGGGGCAUGAGGUUGAGGUGCUGUAUGGGAUGGAGAGGGCGAUGUUUGGAAGGGGGCAGAUUAUUAGGAGGCAUGUGGAUGCUGAUGGGGAUGUCGUGGUGUGGAGCGCGGGGAGUGAUAUGCGCGGGGAUGGGUGUGCUAUGCCGGCGUAG